GUGGGAUUUCGGUAACCUGACGAUCAGUUCAGAGAAGUACGGCACUCCCUCAUGCUUGCUACUCCGAUCCAAGAUUUGAAAGCAGACGACCAGCCUGAAAUAACAGAGUUGGAAAGCCUUUGUCUCAACUGUCACGAAAAUGGCACUACCCGGCUGUUGCUUACCCGCAUAGCAUACUUCCGUGAAGUGGUGAUAUCCUCAUUUUCAUGUCCCCAUUGUGGUUUUGAAAAUCGGACGAUUGACCCAGCUAGCCGUAUUCAAGACAAGGGACAGCUGAUCACACUAAAGGUACGGACUACUGCUGACUUAAACCGCCGAGUUGUACGACCUUCCGGCUCGACUGUUUCAAUCCCCGAGUUAGAUGCGUCAUUUCCAACUUCUGAGGGAGACCUAUCCACAAUCGAAGGUGUCUUGUCAAAGAUAGCCGAAAAUAUCGAGCGUUGGCAGCCUGAACGGAAAAAAGCUGAACCGGAAAUAGCGGAUAAAUUGGAUGCAUUUGUCGGGCAGUUACGUGGCUUGUUUUUGGUCGAGCGGCCAUUCACUUUUGUUUUGGAUGAUCCCUCAGGGAAUGGUUGUAUCGAGAAUUUCCUAGCCCCUGAAAGUGACCCUCAGUUGGAAAUAUGCUCGUACACACGUACAAAGGAGCAAGAUACCGCCAUGGGAUUUCGCUCGGAUGAUACCGACGAUGAUGCGAAACCUCAGGAUGACGCCCAGGCAACGGGUUCAAACCCAGUGGAGUCAGUCAACGGUCGUUUGGGUGUGGAUGAAGUGGUAACGUUCAAAACCAAUUGUCCCGACUGUAAUGCACCAUCGGACACGAACAUGAAGUUGGUUGAUAUCCCACAUUUCAAACAAAUUGUACUCAUGGCUACUGUGUGUCCAGCAUGCGGACGGAAGGACAGUGAAGUCAAGUCUGGCGGUGGUAUUUCAGCAUUGGGGCGUCGCUAUCGACUCCGACUGACACAUCCUAGUGAUCUGUCUCGGGAUGUGUUGGUCUCAGAGACAGCCGGUGUGCGGAUACCUGAAUUGGAUCUAGAGUCAAUGGGUGGAACGCUUGGUGGCCGUUUCACUACACUGGAAGGACUGUUGUUGGCAAUCAGGGACCAGAUUGCGAACGGGGAACAUUUGGGCGUUACCUUUGAAAUGAGAGAUCCUGCUGGAAACAGCUACCUUCAGAACUUAUACGCCCCAGAUCCUGACCCUGAGUUGACGGUGGAAGACUAUGAACGCAGCCCAGCGGAGAAUGAGGAUCUUGGUUUGACUGACAUGAAUACAACAGAUUAUGAAACUCUUCCGGUGGAUACUAAGAACGGCGAUGUAUCCUGAUGAUACUGGACAUUUUUUUGCAUACUUCGCGCCAAUUUUGUUUGUUCCUACGGAUGACUUUGUAUUUCACUUCAUUCAAGC